AUGUCGUCGCUGACGUAUGAGGACGACUACAAGCAGGCCCUCGAGGACCUCGCGACCAUAUGGAAGGAGGACAUAAACCUCACCAAGCUGCGGGUCCCGCCUAAUGGAAGGCAGCGGUACGAGCAGCUGCUGCAGUACUUUACCUCACUCUAUAUGCAGUACCUGCGGACUGUGCGCCGACUAGCUGCUGUACACGACGCGCAGCUGCAGCCACAAAAAAGAUAUGAUGUGCGAACCCUGCUUGACACCUGCAUUGCACGCAUGCUCGAGGUGCGUAGCCUCUUAGCAACGAAUUGUGGUGAGUUUGUAAAGCUGGAUGAUGCCAUGCUGGACGUGAAGAUGACCCCAGAUGAUCUCGAGGUGCCGAUUCCACGCUACUUCGUGGAGGAUACCGAGACGGAGAUACAGGAGCGGCACCGCCAGAUUAUGUCGCUGCAGGCGCACUACCGCACGACAGAGGCGGACGCUCCUGUUUCAAAAGCACUUGCUGCUUCUACUGCUACCGCUUCAGCCGCGAACGUCAGAGGCUGUAAGGAUACGAAGCCCAUGACGCUGGACGACGCGGUGACCCUUUUGCAAAUCAAUGAGCGAGGGCGUCAGGCUCGUCAGCGCGCAAAAUUUCAGCUCGCCACACAUGCGCAGCAAAAGCUCACCAUUGCGCGUACUGGUGAUUACAACUAUGCCACCGGCAAGGAGCGGGCGGCGACGGUGGUGCAGAAGGCGGUGCUGGCGUACCUCGCGCGCAAACGGGUGCGCGAGGAUCACGUCGCGGAGCUGCAGCUACUUGGGAUGCGGCCAACCUUGGCGACCCUCAGCGACGUGGAGCGUGCAGGCGCCAGUGUACGCCUCGAGGAGCGAAAGGCGCGCCAGCGCAUGAACGAGGCGCAGCUCCAACAGAAGGCGAUUGAGUUGGAAACACGCAUAAAGGCCGAAGAAGGGCCGCGCACGAUGGAGGAGAUGCUGAACGAGGUCCUCACCCGCAUGGCGUACGCGCGCAUGGAGAGCAAGGACGACGCCCCACUGACAUUCCCGACGCCAGAGGAGGGUGGAAGCCGGAAGUAUUUGGAGACACUCAACGCUACCGCCGCGAGUGCGCACAUCCCCGAAGCCACCGGCACCACCGGCCGCGUGGGCUCCGUCACGGUGCAAUCGUCGCUCGUCGGCACCCUCGUGGCGCGCACGCCGACGCGCAACACCGGCAGCACCGUGCGGCGCAAGGGUGAGGAGGAAGAAACCGUACCGGCAAUGGCCCCCACGCACUUGUGGUCAGGCAUCAAGGCGGGGGAGGAGCGCUAUCACGCCGUGUGGAAGCCGCGCUUUGACCAGACGUACCACCGGGAGGUGGACCUUGAUCAGACGGCCGACGAGGGACUCCUGCGACAGCAGCUGCUGGAGGGACCGCGCGGCAUAAUGGAGGAGUUGCGGCGCACCGUCGACCAGCUCAUCAUGGUGGAGGUGGAGAACCUGAAGAAGCGACUCGAGCAGGAGCGGCGCAGCGGAAAGAAAGGAAAGGGUGGGAAAAAGAAGAAGGCACCCAAGAAGCCACGGGCGCCGAAGCUGAAGGACCCGACGAAGGGCGUCAACAUUGAAACGUUCAUGAACAGUGCAGUGCAUCAGAAUGUGCUGCAGCUGCCGGAUCCAGCUAUUCGACUAGAAGAUUAUUUGGGCUGCGCAACGGUGCAUGGGUCCCCGCUCGACACGCUCCUGCGUCUGCAGAAGCCCGAUGAAGAAAUCAAGAAGAAGUGGCAGCGCAUCCUGAACAACUGGAACCCCGCUGUCGAGGAGGCCAUGAAGAUGAAGAAGGACGUCUUUGAGAAGCUGUUCGAGAAGUACCUCCAGCAGGCCUCAUGGCUGAGUGAGCCAUCGGCGGCACAAGUGCGGCAGACAGUGGCGGAAUACGCCAUCUUGCCGCUCGGCUCUCAGGUGAUUCACGACUUGGCGCCAUGCUCCAGGACGCUGCUUCUCUACGGUUACCCUGGAAGCGGCAAGACGCAGCUUGUGCACGCCGUGUGCAAUCACAGUGGCGCAAAUCUUUUUGAUCUUUCUCCUUCGAACUUCGAAACCAACACCGGUCUUGUUGGUAUCAUUCAGAUGGUGUUCCACCUCGCAAAAGUGCUGGCGCCCUCCGUCAUAUACAUCGAUAAAGUUGAGAAGCUCUUUAUGCGCAAGAAGAAAAAGAAGGGGCCGAAGGAUCCACUGCUGGCACGCGGGAAAAAGAUGAAGAAGGAGGUCCUUAAAAGCAUCGCCGCACUCGCGCCCACUGACCGUGUCAUGGUGAUUGGCACCACGUCAACUCCGUGGGAGGCGGACUUUAACGCCAUGGUGGCCAACUUCGCCCACAUGGUGCACUGCGCCAACCCCGACUACGCCUCACGCCUUGUCGUGCUGCAGAAACUCAUAGCCAAGCGCACCGCGAAUGCCGAUGUGCUAAGACCGGAACACUACCACGAAGUUGCGCUCCUCACAGAGGGACUCACCUGCGGUGAUCUCUACAAUAUUGUCAAUGAGGUGCUGCACGAACGGCGCGUGCGGCGUUUGGCGCAACGACCGCUGUCAUCAUGCGACUUUCUGCACGCCAUCACUCACGUCAAGCCGCCGAGUGCGGAGGACCAGGCGCAGAUGAAGGAAUUUACGCAACGUCUGCCACUCCAUCUCCGUCGCGUUAACCCGCCAGUGGAUGUACCUUCUCCAGAGAAGAAGGAAACUGGGGGUAAGAAGAAGAAGAAGGAGCGAGAGGUGUAA